GUGACGGUUGGUUGAGUGUGUUUUUGGGUGUGUUGCUUGUUUGUUUUGUAUUCAUUUUAUUUGCAGUGUCUUCGACAAAAUGAUGAAUAAAAUAUCCUUUCUUUUGUUGUUAUGUUCAUUACCAUCAGGUUUUUGUGUUAGAUGUUACCAAUGCUCAUCAUUCCAAGAUCCUAAAGGAGAAGACACUUGUGGUGCAUACAACAAAUUCGACAGGGAUACCCACAUUGCAGUAGAUUGCAGUAGUGAUGAAUCUCAUACUCCUGGCUCUUUUUGCAUGAAACUUACUCAACAAGGUCCAAAGGGUUUUAUCUGGGAUGGCAGAUGGCGUCAAGUGAUCCGUCGGUGUGCAUCCGUAGCUGAUACUGGAGUCACAGGAGUAUGCAAUUGGGGAGUAUACCCUAAUGGUGUUUACUGGGAAGAAUGCUACUGUUCAUCUGAUGAAUGUAAUAGCUCAGGCUAUGCUAAAUCGUCAACAUUAUUAAUAUCUUCUGCUUUUGUAAUGUCCUUGGUGUUUACUUACUACAGAUUAAGGUAAAAGUUAUUUUCUUGUUAUAUAAUUUUUUUUUAUAUAGCCAGGUAGGCAAUUGACUCUAGCGAUGCUCGACUACGAAUGAUUUUACCUUUCGACUAAUUCGCAACUACUGAUUUGGCUAUUCGAAAGGCAAAUUUGUAGUAUACUAAUGUCAUUUUUCGAAUAACGACUACUAAUUAGUAAUACUAAUGUCAAAUUUAUAAGAGCGCAAUGAAUAAGGUUAGGUUAUUCAUUUGUUCGUUCAUCAUUUGCCUUAGUUCAGUUAGUUUCCGUAUGUUCGUACUUGGCACCUUCUACGAUAGUCUUGUAUCUGUAAUUAAUUAUUAUUAUUUUCAGUGAAAACUAUAUUUACCAGUGAAUUUGUUUAUUAUUACUUGAUAUAUAUAUUUUUUUUAAAUUAAAGAGUUCAUAUAUCAAUCUAAUCAUUAAAAACCGAUUGAAAGUACCCUGUUAACUCUGCUCGUCUCUUUCACUCGUCGAGUUCGCCCGACCAAGCCCGAGUCGACCCGGUUUGUUCGUCUUCAUCACGUACGUCAGUCGAGAGUCGGUUAGUCGCCGCCCGAUACCUUCUACUGCAGUCAAAUGAUAUAAAGCGCAGUCGACUUGGUCGAAUGAAUUCGUACCGUGGAUUCGUGGAGUCGAAUGAUUAGUAUUAGUAUUUUUCGAAGUCGCGCUUCGCUAAUUGACUCUACUAAUGUAUUGAUGCCAACAAAAGUGUGUCUUUAAAACUUAUUUACGUGCCUUAGCCUUAAAUUGUGAUAUACAAGUAUGUUGUAUAAUAGAAGCAUUCAUCAGUAUUUUUUUCUUUAAAAAUAAGCCGAUAUGUUCUAUAAUGUGUCUCAAAUGAGCCCCCAACUUUUAAAAAAAUUUGAUAUUACCUUUGAUUAAAACAAAAAGGGAAGAUACGGAACGCUCAUGCUAGCAUCAAAUAAAAUAUGAUCCAAUUCAACUACACAAGCAACUUUCGUACAUGCACACGUUUACACAGUACUGUACGCUUCAACGCAGCGCGAGCGAAACAGCGAAUCUGCUUCCGAGUCCAUACGGCUGAACUGUUUUGUUGUCCUAAAUUUGAUAACAAAAUAGCUAUUACGUAAAUAACAUUCAAGACAAACCGUGAUUUUAGAGAAAAAAAUGUGUUGCCGAGACAUUUGUUAUUUCAUUUUGAACUAUUGUUUUAUCUUUAUAACACAAUAUACGCAAUAUUGUUAUAUUGAGUGCACAUGCAGCGUGUUUGAAUGUCCAAUUGUUACUAAAGCGAAUUGUAGUCAUGCACCACAAUUUAAGCGGUUACUUUUGAGCUACAAGUGAUGUAUCUUCCCUUUUUGGUUUAAUCUUAGCAUAUUACCAAUGGUUAGGUUUACAUUUUAACGUUUUGCUAUCUAUAAGUACAUAAUUAUAUUGGGCAUCAUUAAAUUUACAAACCCCACACACUAGCGUCGUAGCCGUGCCAGCGUCCGCGCAACGUCGACGCGACGCCAUCGCUGGCCGAAUUGCAUUGUACUUGUUAACAACAAAAAAAACAUUGAAAAACGAACUUAUUUGUUAUUUUAAUUUAUGAAAUGCAGUAUAUUUGAGAAUAGUAGUAAUUAAUACAACAAAAUACAUGAUCUGACUUAAAAUACAUUUAUUAAUAUUUUUUAUAUUCACUGAACAUUGCUUUUUUAUUUUCAAGAGAUUAUAAAAUUUAUGAGAAUCAUGGUUUAAAGCUUAUUCCCAUUAGUGAUGUGAAUAGAUCAUAUCUUAAUAAUACACUUAAAUUAAACAUAAAAACACUGAUCUAAAACACAACAUUUUGUGUGGAUAAUGAUCAUCAUUUGUAAAUCUUCUAUUGAUCUGUUAAUAUAUUAAGGAAAGGAAUUAUGACAAAAAUCUUUACUUUUAAGCACUGAUUUGAUAGUUUAUAUUAUAUGAAAUAAUUGUAAGGUUUUUUUAUUGGUCAACAUUAUUUUUUCAUUAUAUUUAGUAGGUAAGUAAAAAUAAUAGGAUAAAGUUUCGCUGGUAAUUAAUACAGUAUGUGACUGUACCAUGUAUAUUAUUAUAUUUUUAUUUUAAACAUUUAACUGCUGGAUGUCGUAUCUGAAACUUCAUUCGAUCAAUUUGCUGCUCCCACUCUUCUGUAAAAGCUUGUAAAGCUGGUGAAUAAUAGUUAUAUUAUUAUGUGUUAUUGCUGCUGCUCUAAUCUUUAUAGGGUUUAUAGUCAGUACCUACUAUAGGAUGGCCAAUCCAAGACAAAGACUGGUUAU